AUGUCCCAACCGCGACGUGCUCUUUUUCUCAAGUUCCUUAGCUGUCUGGAGAAUGACCGAUCUGGGCCACGAACAGCUGGGGAAAUUGUUAUUCUCCGAUGUAGAGCCUUUGAACAGGGUGGUGUGCCAUCUGACAUGAAAAUGUUUGUCGAGACCUUUAUAUCUGAUUGCGGCCGCACUAUCGAUGGAAGGCAUUGUGGUGCACACGGAUUUAUACAAGGCCAUUAA